CGCUCCUCCCCGGCCCUCUCCGGGGGUUCUCAACCUCCAAAGGACAAACAAGCGCCGACGCGGUGCCCAGCGGACCCACGCCAGCCUCUCGCGCGGAGGCGCUGGGCCCAAGCCCGGAGGCCCAGCAAGCGCCACCGGAGGAGCCCCGCAGACGCCAUGCUAAAAGCCAAAAUGGCUGCCCCGAGGAUGCCCGCAGCGCGCCGCCGCCGCCUGUGAGGAGGGAGCCGGCCGCUGCGGGAGCGGGGGAGGGGGCGCCGGGCACGCAGUCGCCGCCCGGCCAGCCGGAGCCUGCCCAGAACAUAGAAUCUUGCACUUAUUGGGCUGUAGCUGCAGACAGCGCUUGCCGUAACUUUUAAUUAUCUUUGGAAAGAAACUGGCCAGCGGGGGAAAAUGAUCAAGUUUUUCCUUAUGGUGAACAAACAAGGCCAGACCAGGCUGUCUAAGUACUAUGAGCACGUAGAGAUCAAUAAGCGGACUCUUCUGGAAACGGAGGUCAUCAAGAGCUGUCUGUCUCGAUCCAGCGAACAGUGCUCGUUCAUUGAAUAUAAGGAUUUUAAACUGAUCUAUCGGCAAUAUGCAGCUCUCUUCAUUGUGGUCGGAGUUAACGACACUGAGAAUGAAAUGGCUAUUUAUGAAUUCAUACACAAUUUUGUGGAAGUUUUAGACGAGUACUUCAGCCGAGUGAGUGAACUAGAUAUAAUGUUUAAUUUGGAUAAAGUCCACAUCAUUUUGGAUGAGAUGCUGUUAAACGGCUGCAUUGUGGAGACGAACAGAUCCAGAAUCCUUGCCCCGCUCCUGAUUCUGGACAAGAUGGCAGAAAGCUGAAGACGGCCACAUGAGGUCUGCGUGGGUGACCACCACGGAAGACACCGCCACCGCAACGACCUUCCGGAAGCUCGCUAGCUGUUUCCCAUCAUCGUACAAAGACAUUUUCUCUCCUAAGAGCGCCAGGAUUUCACCUGGUCACUGUAAGCCUGCUUCUCCUUCUGCAGGAACAGCAGGGUUGUAGCGGGAAGUUGUGUAGUGUGGCAGUUGUCCAUCAGCCAAUAAACUUCAAAGUGACUUGACUAUGA